AUGCUGGACAGGAUGUUCUCAGGAAAAACAGGAUGGGUUCAGUUUGACGAUGAAGGAAACCGCGUGGCUGCUAGCUAUGAUAUACUUAGCGCAUUCCGAGUAAACUCUUCAGAUUCAGGGGAAUUGGCUUGCGUUACAGUAGGCUCGGCAUCAGCUUAUCGAAUCAGUUUUCAAAGGUACCGGUCGUUAUGGACAAGAAACGUUUCUGACCACAAAGAAUUAAUUCGAGUAGUGGUUAUUGAAGAAGAUCCAAUGUUGAUAGUAGGUAAGGAAGGUGUGGCUACAUUUGGCGAGUGUGUUUUGAGUUACCCCUGCACAAAAUACAAGCAAUAUGAUAACUCCGAGCAGAGUGGACCAAUCACGUGCUGCUGUAUACGCUUUCUCAUAGACGUCCUGCAAUGGCUUGAAAAAGACUUAUCUAUUUCGGUGGAGUUGUACUUGGUUAGGGACGGAAAGUUUGGGGCUUACAAUGCCGAUUCUAAAGAGUGGGAUGAAAUGAUUGCCGAUUUGCUUUCUAACAAAGCUGAUAUGGCUCUAGGAGAUCUCCUCAUUUCUGUCACAGCAAUAAGCGUGAAUUUGGAGUAUGGGUUCCUCGCACCGUUUGAUAAAGUCUUGUGGAUUCCACUUUUGGUUACUGUCAGUGGUAUUCUUGCAAUAGUAUGGGCAUUGGAAAGAAUUAGUCCGAAUCGGAAACGGGUAAUCCUUGCAAAAGAGGAAAUCAGAUUCAGCUGGUCGACAUGUAUGUCCUACAUUUGGGGUAAUGUUGUCAAACUUGAGUUGGAGGGCAAAAAGCCACGGAGCAUUAGUGCAAGACUUACAACUGCUGUGUUUUCCUUCUCAACACUAAUAAUAAUUACAACAUACACGGCUAAAUUGGCAGCCUCUCUUGUUCAGCUGGAUGUGGAAUCCCUUGUUAAAGGGAUUAACGAUCCUAAGUUUCAGGAUCCUCCGCAAGGUUUCAAGUUUACCACUCUUCAAAGUAGCAGUACUUUGUCCUUCUUCAUAAACAAUGAUGAUGCUGUCUACAGAAAAAUAGGAAAAAACAUGAUUCCCCAUUCUGUGAGGAACUACAGCGAGGGCCUUGAAAAAUUAAAGAAAGGGGAAAUUAAAGCCUUCAUCUACGAUUCACCAUUCAUUGACCUUGGAGCUUCCAAGAUGCCCGGAUGUUCAUUCAAAGUAAUUGGGAAGCCAAUAAUCACUAAAGCAUACGCCAUAGCAUUCCCCAAAAAGUCAAAGUGGAAGGAUCCGGUCUCAAAUCUGUUACUCAAAUACCAAAGAAUAGAUUACUUUAGGAAACUGAAGGAAAAGUGGUUUAGAGCAGGCUGUUUCUAUACCGGACGAUCAUCGCAAAGCGCUGAAGAGAUGAAGCCUGUGAACUUUGGUGGCCUUUUCUUAAUAUUAGGUGGAGCUAUAAUUAAGCUUGAGAAGCAAUGUGCUGAGGAAAAUGGUGUCCAAACUGCGCAUGCGUCUGAAGUCAAAAUCGCAAUCGCCAUGGGUAGUGGGGAUGGCACAGUGAUAAGAAGGUUCAGUUAA